AUGAUCAAGGUUAUUAACUAUGUUACACUUAUAUCAUUACUCAGAAAAAGUUCAGGCCUGUUUCUUAGAAAGUUAAUGCAGGAAGUAAAAUGUAUCCCCUGUCCUGUGUGGCCAAGGUCAUGGGUUGAAUUCCCACAGUGAUCACAUACACACCCUAGAAAUGUAUGUAUGCAUGCACUGCUUUGGAUGAAAGUGUAUGUAAAAAAAAAAACGGUAUAAAAAAAAUAUAAUAUUCAUGAAAGUAUCAAUGCCCUUGUGGUUAUACACAAUCUCUAAUAUUAUCUUGUCUUUUCCCUUACAGGAGCACCAUGCAGGCCAGCAGAACAUUUUCAACAUCUUCAGCCUGCACUCUGGAGGAGUCUACAUUGUCCAGGUCCGCUGCAAGCCAGACCACGGCUUCUGGAGCGAGUGGAGCGCCGCCAGCUAUGUCAAAGUCCCAGACUGUAAGUCCCUAUACACAGACUCCAUAUCAGUCACGAAUGUGCUGUGUUGCUUUCAACCACUCGGGGGUAAAUGUGUGUGUUUCCAGGGGUUUGGGAAUUAAAUGACAGACAGCCAAAAUAAACAUUUCUAAUAAAUCAAAAAACAUUUGAUGGACAAUAAAGUUGUAUUCUAAUGUUAUUCUCUUGUUGUGUUUGGCAGAUAUUCCCAGGGAACAGUCCAUGUGGAUUCUGAUAGCCAUCUUCUUAUCUUUCAUCAUUCUCAUUCUCACAUGGAUCAUCAACAUGAACAGAAACAGGUAAGAAGGACCUUCUGAAGUUACGAUCACAGCCAUGAUAAGACUACAGGCAAUCAAUGAAGAAGCUGACAGGAGAACUCUCCAUUUUAUUAAGUAUUCUCUUGUCUGGAGAUUUUAAUGGACAACAUUGUGAGUCAAGCACUCAAACAGCUGUCCCCAAGACCAGUGAAGUCUCUCUCUCUCUCUAGUGUGAAGCACUGUCUACUACCUCCAGUUCCUGGACCUAAAAUAAAAGGAUUUGAUAAACAGCUCCUCAAGGUAAAGUAAUAAUCACAUUGAUUCAUUCAGUAUUUGGCUAAAAAGGACAGGCUUUACAUUGUUAAUUGUUGUUGCUCUGUUCAUAUAAAUGUUCAUAUAAAUUGUUCCUUUCCCAUUAACCUCUUUGCUCUACAGAAUGGGAAAUCAGAAGAGGUGUUCAACGCAUUUGUCAUCCAAAGCUUUCCUACGAGGUCUACAGACUACGAGGACCUGCUGGUGGAAUACCUGGAGGUUUACGUCAACGAGGAACAGGAGCUGAUGCUGGAGGGGAAGGACCUCCAAGAUGUUGGCUGCCUCAAGUCCAAGGGCCCAUCGGACAGCGACUCGGGCCGAGGCAGCUGUGACAGCCACACCUUGCUGAUGGAGAAGUGUGGAGGUGUGGAGUCCAAGGAGGAGUCGAGCUAUGAGGAAACUGAACUUCUGCAGGGCCAGGCAGGGUCUUGGGAGAGGCUGGAGAUGGGAGACAGCCAGGAGGUGGACUGCCCAGAUUCAUCAGAUGGGAGGGUCAAGACCUGGUUGUCAGUCUUCUCCUCGUCGAUCCAUGGAUCCUCCGACAACCACCACCUUGGUACUCUUGAGGUGCCCAAGCAGCGCAGCGUCCCAGAUAACUUCUUCCCCACCUCCUCCUCUUCCCACCACCACCCAGAGUACAGGGACGGCCUGGGAGAGUACAGCGAGUACGGUCUCAGCAGAUCACCGUCCGCCAGAGCCCACCACCACUGGGAGGCCCACCACCUCCAGGCACACAGAAACUUCAACAUCUCCAGUCUGGAGCGCCAGAGAGAUGCCACGGCGCUUGGGCUGCCCCACUCCCAGUCCAUGGGGUACGUGGAGGUCCAAAAGGUGAACCAGGAGAACCAGCUGGUCCCGAAGCCCCUCUCCAGCCACGGCCAAGGCCCCUUCCAGGUACAGUUUAGCGGGGCCGGAGAGGACUACAGUAAAGUCAAUGGGGUGAACAAUUACAAUGUGCUCCUGCUGCAGAGGGAGAUGGCUGAGGCUGGCCUGUGCUGUGACUACCAGGUGAAGGUGGGAGCUUCAGAGCAGAGCUGUCCCACACAGCAGCAAGGGAAGAUGGACACACACACGCCUGCUGCUACCCACUUUCAGGAAAGCACGUGCCUGACCACAAGCGGCUAUGUGGACACUGCCACUAUGAUGCCCACCUUCUAG